GUGCGUUCCGCCAUUGCAACUUCUUUCUCUUCCUCCUUCACAGCCACUCUCUCUAUCACACGCUCACUGCUUCAAUUUUUUCCACUCUUCCUCCCACCAUGCCCUCACAUUCGCCGCUCACGGCAACGGCAGCAGCCGGCCUGCUAGCCACCGCCCUCUUCAACUCUGCUUCUGCUUCGUCUUGGACUCUCACAGACACGUACGACGCCAAUUCUUUCCUGCAGACUUCCUCAUGGAACUAUUCAACAGGCACUGACCCGACACACGGGCUUGUCGUCUAUCAAAGCGCAGAUCAAGCCAAACAGCUCAACCUGACCCGCGUAGAGAAUGACCUCUUCUACAUGGGUGUCUCGACCGUCGAGGAGCAGCUGGCCGGUCGUCCUUCCAUCCGCAUCAACUCGCAGAAGUCCUACUCUGACGGCAUCUAUGUUCUCAACGCCACUCAUAUGCCCACGUCGUGCGCCGUUUGGCCCGCGUGGUGGACUGUUACGAAGAAUCUGGACAGCUGGCCGAUUGGCGGGGAAAUCGACAUCAUUGAGAAUGCCAAUGACCAGUACGACUCGAACCUUGCUUCCCUCCACACCAACGGCUCGUGCAUCCUUCCCGAAGCCAACAAUGGCACGGGCAUCAUCGCCUAUCAGGACUGCGGCGACUCCUCGACCGGCUGUCGUAUUGAGAUGAACGGCACCACGGGGGCCUCGGCAUCCAACACGGGCCCAGCAUUCAACAAAGCCGACGGCGGCAUCUACGCAAUGGAGCGAAGUCUCGGCUCCACAGGCAAUGGUAUCCGCGUCUGGUUCUGGCCGCAAGGCUCUGCCCCCUCCGAUCUUGCCUCGGGAAGCAACUCGGUCAACCCUGCCAACUGGGGCAAGCCUGGCGCCCAGUUCGCCAUCGCAGACGAGUGCCACGCCGACUUUGGCGAGCACCAGAUCACCUUCGACAUCACGCUCUGUGGGGACUGGGCAGGGAACACGUACGAGCAGACCUCCUGCGCUAAGACGUACGGAGCCUGCAGUGCGCAAGUAGGAUACAACGGGUCCAGCUUCAAUGAGGCAUAUUGGGCUGUUGAUUCGGUGCGCGUUUUCAGCACCGGGGGCGGCACUGACAACGCAGCUAACUCUGCCAACACCGCCAGCGUUUCUGCGUCAUCCGUGUCGGCGGAAAAUGCCAAGGGCGGCAAUGGCAGCUCCUCAGGCGCCAUGGUGGCUGCGGUUGCCCUGCCAUGGAGCGUAGCGGCCCUCGUCGCCGUCGUGUCUGCUUGGACUCUUGUCGCGUAGCAUCGGAAGGAUAGUCAGCAUUAGACUCUCGUAUCUGUACAUACCCCACGUCGGAUCGUAUCAUGCACUCACGCAACUAGAAUCAAAGCAAAUAGAGCCAUUACUCGAGAG